AUGCGAUUGACACGAUUUCUUCGGGUGCUGGUGCGCGGAAAAGACGGACAGGCCGAGUGGAAGGAGAUCACUGAGAAUCAGCUGCCACGUGGCGGAAAGAGACUCUCGUUCAGAGAAGUUAGCACAUUUUAGAACGAUUUUAGGCUGAACAUGAUAUAUAUUAAUUCCAGAACUCUCUAAUCGCUUUCGGCGUCGGCAUGCUGAUCUUCUCGUACGCCUACUUCCAGGACGAGAUCAAUCCGGAUUCCAAAUGGGCUAGUACGUAUUCUGCGUGCUAUUUCUUCAAUAAAAUUGUGUUUUUUUUCCAGAAGCCUUCCGCACAUUCACACGCGAACCGCUCUCGUGGCUUCACAAACACCAACCGGACGGCCCGUGUCGUCAGAUCACAAACCGCCUGCGUUUUAGAUUUUUUAGCUCAGAAUUGUAGCUUAGAAUUUGUAAAUAAACUUAACUCUUUUCCUGAAAUUCGAUAAUUUUUAUCACAAUCAAUUUGAACCUGCCUGACGCGUGAGCUCACAAAGUGAGGCCAUGCCAAAACAGCGGAAUUCACGAAAACCGCGGAUGCCAAAACCGCGGAAGCCAAAACCGCGGAAAAAAAUGCCAAAACCGCGGAACCGUGCAGGCGCAAUACUUGACGCGCAUUUAAAGACUUUUGCGUUUAUUGAAUAGAAGGGAUUGAAAUUGAAUAGCAUCAAACAUGAUUAUUUGCAGAAAGUAACUUUAAACAUUUAUUGGGACGUAUAAAAAAAAGGCAGUAGUAAAGAAAAAACAGCAGUUUUGGGUAAAAAUAAAUCAUCAUCUGUUCGUUUGGUCGAUUGAGAUUAAUCCCUUUAAAGUUUCCGCCCAAAAAUGCGUGAAUUUCAGUUGUUCUCAUGUAAUUUUUGCUGUUCGAUCGUUCAAGAUGUAUUUAUGCGAUUUAUCAUUCUCAAAACCAAUUUUAUGUGAAAACGGUCAAGAAUGCGCAAUAUAAGGAGCGUGGUUUUUAGGCGGCGGGGAAGGCGAAAAAACGAAAUACUUGGCGGAAGCCACGCCUAUAUUGUCAGCUCUUGAGGUGGCUACCCCUAGCCAGAACUGUUUGAAUCGGAACCGUCCUAAAUCAGAAUCUAUCUGCAUUUGGUUUUUGUUACGAAAAGUCGUGUUGAUUCGAGACACUUCUGGCUUGGGGUAGCCUCCUCUGGAGACCGUAAAAAAAAGAUAAAACAAAAAUUAUUCUGCAAGUCCCAACUAAAUGUGAAAACCCGGCAGGCACCACGAGCUUUUUCUAUUCAGGACCACACAUUCGCCGUGGAAUUCCAGACAAUAGAAAGAUGCUGAUUAUAUCUGUCAAAAUAAUUUUAAAUAUAACUCUCCUUUUCAAAUUUUUUUCAGAAUUUUCGAAUUUCAUUACUUUGUUUUAUGCUAUUCAAUUUCAAUCUCUUCUAUUCAAUAAACGCAAGUCUUUAAAUGCGCGUCAAGUAUUGCGCCUGCACGGUUCCGCGGUUUUGGCAUUUUUUUCCGCGGUUUUGGCUUCCGCGGUUUUGGCAUCCGCGGUUUUCGUGAAUUCCGCUGUUUUGGCAUGGCCUCCACAAAGUGGCUCUGCUCCCUCUGCACUUGCGCGUCGGGUGCGGCGCUUGCGUACCGCCAGCAGAGGUUUCGCAUUUUCCACGUCGCAGCCCGGUUUACAGCUGAAAAAUCGAUAUUUCUGCCGGUUUCCAGCCAAAACCAGGAAAAUCUUGGCAAUGGUUGAUGCCGGCAAGUCUGAAAUGCUGGCGGCCGCCAGGAAAAAGGUGAGGAAUCGGGGAAAAACAAAGAAAAUAAGUUAAAUUAAAAUUGUUCAGCUCAGAGACUUCGAAGCUCGUCAGCGAGUCGACGGGUGUGCUUCUCCGGCCUCAAGCAUCAUCUCGUCGGAGCCAGGCGCCGGAGCAGGCCUCAACGGGCGGAGCAGUGUGGUCAGCGAGGAUUCGACGUCGAAAACCACGGAUUUGGGUCUUCAAAUUCCACAUUCAUCGUCGCAAAGUGUCCGAAACGGUGUCACUGUAAGUUAUUUUCGUGGAAAUUAACAAAAAUACUUUGUUUUUAGGCUUCUCCCUUUCAACCGAACGGAAAUGAGUGGUACCAGGCGUAUUCGCAGUUGAAGACCCAACACGACGAGCUGGUGAGUCAUUUUGAGUACAAGUGAACCUAGAAAACGGUAAAAUUUCAGUGCUCUCACUAUGCUCAACUCCAUUCGGCAUACUCUCAAGUUAACGCGAACGGAGUGCACGUCGACGCUGAAAAUCAGAUUGUUCAGCUGCAGGCGGUGAGAAUUCAUGAUUAAAACAUUUUGAAAAUCAACCUUUGUUUUGAAUUCAGGCCCUGGCAACGAUGGUCGAAGAAAAACUGGCGUGCCAAAGCGAUUUGCGUCGGGCAAAUGAGCAAAUCGAAGGUCUCCGGCUCAAAAUAGCCUCAACUCCAGCUCCAGAAGAUGUUUCUCACAAAUCCAAGUCAUCGGGCGGUGAUUCGGUGGAACUUCGAAAGCUCACGGAGGCAAUCACCCAAAAAGAUUCGCUUUUGACCGCCCGCCAUCAAGAAUUGGAGAGUAUGCGACGGGAAGUGGCCGCCGUUCAGGCGAACCUGUUGAAUGUGCAACACGAGAGAAGUGAAGCGCAAGCGAGAGUGAAGAGUUUGAUCAAAGAGACGUCGGCGCAAGAGACUCGAUGCGAGCAGUUGAAAAAAGAGAUUCAGAUGAAAGAUCUCUAUCUGAAGCAGUUAAGAGCUCCAGGACAACAAGCGGAGGCGCCGGAGCAGCAAGAAGACCUGAAACAAGAACUCCAGGAGCUCAAAGCCGAGAAAUCACGACUCCUGACCGAAGCGGCCUCGUUGAAAGCCCAUUACUCGGAUCGUGAGCAUGCUCUCCAGCAGAAACAAGCAGAAAUGGCUCAGGAACUCGAACAACUUCAACACCAUCGUUACUCUUCGGAUGACAGAGUCCAACAGCUCGAGCAUCAACUUCAAAUUGCCAACGCCGAUCUCCAAAAGCAUCAGAAUCCAGUGGAAUAUCCAGAAGACGUCCCGGCAAUCACCGAAGAAGACGUGGCGCGACGAGUUCGAGAAGCAUGCCACGUGGAGAGAGGAAGGUGGGAACGAAAGUUGGAAGAAGAGCAGAGGAAUCGGGACGAGGAGAACUUGGAAAGGGAUAAAGUGAUUUUCGAAAAAGAGCAAGCACUGGCCGAGUUGGAGAUGAAGUAUCGGCUGUUAGAGGAACGAACCCUUGAAUCCACCGCCAACGGAGCUGAUCUUUUGUCGCUUUCGGAGCAACUACAAAAUGAGAAAGCGACGGUAUCUCGGGCGGUUGCUCAGAACAAAGAACUCAAGGAGCGACUUCUGGAGACCGAGGAUCGAUUUGUGACGUUAACGGAAGAAAAGGCGGCUGUGGAACUCGCCAGACAAUCGGCUGAGCAUCAAGUGAAAGAGCUCACGAAACAACUGAAUCUGGAAGCCGCCGGACUUGUCACCAACCUCUCCGAAGUGAUCGCCAGCCAGCCGCAUCUGGAGCCAGAAGAAGAAGACGUGAAAGAGGCUUUCGAGAAUCUUCAGCGUGAAAACACGGAAAUCCGUGCUGAUUUGGAGCUGAAAACGCGUGAACUGCAACAAGUUCGUGCAGAUUUGAGAAGGAGUAACACGCACAACGAACAGAUGGACGAGAUAAUGCGGCAGAAUGCGGAGGACGAGAAUCAGAAUUCGAUUCAUGUAGAGCUGACGCAAGCGGUUGGACGAGUUCAGGAGUUGGCGGCCGAAAAUGAGCAGUUGCGGGAGGCGCUCAACGAGAUUCGACAGCAAUUAGAGGAGGAGCGAGAGGAGAGGAAAGCGGAGAAUGAGGAAGAGAAGGAGCCGGAGCCCCUACAAACUUCACAGCCAGCCAGGGAGCUUCAUGAAGAUCUGUGGGCUCGGAAAGAGCUCGAGAAGAGAUUUGCACGGGCGAUGAUGCAGAACGCAGAACUUGUCGAAACGAUCGAUCGACUGGAGCACAUCAAUCAACAACUGGAGCUCGAGAAUGACACAAUCGCCGACCACGUGGUGCUCUACCAGCAUCAGAGAAAGUUGGUGCGCGAGCGAUUGCGAGUGAAGGACGAACAAUUGAAGUCGAUGGAGGAGGAGAGAACACGGACAGUGGCGCGAUGCCAGGAGCUGCAGAACGUGCUGAUGACUGUGCUCAACAAGGGCGGCGUGCUGAAGGAGUACGAAACGAACUCGCUGGCCCGAAAGGCGGCUCGCCGAGUCUCGCGCAGUUACAGCCACUCGACAGUCGACGAAUUGAGCGGAGACGAGGAUGUGGUUGUGGUCGAUGCGAAGCUGCAAGACAUACCGGAAAGGGAGAAGGUUCACGGAGAAAAAGAGGAAAACGAGGAAAAAGAAGAGGAAAGGAAGACUCCGGAACCUGCAGAAACGGUCGAGGACGCCUCCGUUCGUCGUAUUCUCGAGAUUAUCUCGGACAUUUCGGUGGGUUUUUUUUGUUGUUUUUUCAUCGCAAUCAAGUUUUUGCAGAGACCCCAACCACUUCCGCCCGGACAACUUCACUGUACACAAUGUAUCGGAGACCUACAGGAGCUUUGA